AAAAUGUGUUGAAAAUGCAAAGUUCAAGGAGUCAGAUGACUCUAUUGUAAAAAAAAAAGUAAAGCGUAGAACUAAACUGCAAAGAUUCGUAAACCUGAGGAUCGAAUCAGAACUUACUUGAACCCAUUUAGCAUUAAGAUAAAGUUUUAGGACUAAAUCCAGGAAUGGCUGAAAGGAUAAGAUGCCCUUUCUUCCUCCUGUGUGGCCAUCCCGUAACUGUCGCCUCAGCAGCCACGGCCUGGAGCGGGCCGGGAGCCGGGAGCGGGCAGCCACGGCACAGGCGGCUGCGGCCACGACCUUGAGAGGGCCGGGCGCGGCCAUGGCCUCGCACGGGCGGCGGACGGGCAGUGCAGCGCGGGCGGCUGCAACCACGACCUCGAGCGAGCCGGGCGCGGCCAUUGCCUGGCGCAGGCACGAGCACGGCGGCCAGUCGAGGCGACGGCCGGCGGCAGGGACGAAGCCGCUGGAGCCGGCGAAUUGGUCCAGCAGGAACUGAAGCCACGUGAUUCCACUUGCCAUGGAUUCCUUCGUCCGCCGUCCAGCGUCAAGGCAAGAUUAUGUUCCUGGUAAAACAAUUUUCUGUAGCCAUGAUGAAAAUUGGAAAAGUAGCACCUUGUUUCUUUGUAGCGAUUAGAUGAAAUUGGUACGCGAGUUGGCAUGGUGCUUGACUCGA